CACUCUGCUGUAUAGAUCAAUCGGAUUGGUUUUCACGUUUAAAACUUCCAUACGUUCUCAAAGUCAUGUGUGCAUGACUGUCGCUACAACCCUUCAAAACGACAUUGACCGGAAUUCUUCCAACCUAUCCGCACUAUUUGUGGUCAGUGCAAAGCUAGCAUUUUCAUUUCACAACGAAACAGUCAAGAAAGGUCUGGAGUUGUCCACUACGUGUGUGUAGGUGCAAGCAUAACAAAAAUGGCCUCUCGUGGGAAAUCGGAAACCAGUAAACUGAAGCAGAACAUGGAGGAACAGCUGGAUCGGUUAAUGCAACAGCUUCAGGAUCUGGAGGAAUGCAGAGAAGAUCUUGAUGACACAGAAUAUGAGGAAACCAAGAGUGAAACGCUGGAACAGCUAAAUGAGUUUAACGAGUCACUGAUGAAGCUCAUGUCUGGAAACAUGACCUUAGUUGAUGAGCUUGGGGGAAUGCAACUGGCAAUACAAGCUGCCAUCAGCCAGGCAUUCAAGACUCCUGAAGUGAUCAGACUUUUUGCAAAGAAGCAGCCCGGGCAACUGAGGACAAGGCUGGCUGAGAUGGACCGUGAUGUGAUUGUGGGAAAGCUUUCACGGGAUGUCUACACACAGCAGAAAGUUGAGAUCCUCUCAGCCUUGAGGAAACUGGGGGAGAAGCUCACUGCAGAGGAUGAGACUUUCCUAGUAACCAAUGCCAGCGCCACACUCAGCCAGUUUGAAAAGGUCACUGCCAACCUGGGAUCUGAAGACAAGAUAAUGGCAUUGGCGAGUUCUGGUGUGGAGAAAACCAAGACAUAACUACUUCACUUGCUGGGAAUUCUAGUGAUUUUGUUUGUUUGUUUUUGUACAGAUUAUAAGUUUUUUUAUUAUUAUUAUUUUUUAAGGCAGUGACUGUUGAACCCAAGUCUGGUUAGAACAAGUUUGGGGUUUAUAUUUGACCAAGCUAGCUAAAUAAGAUGACAAACAAUUUGCUUGGCCAUGUGCUUGUGAAACACAGUUUUUAAGUCAACCAGCUUAGGAUGAAAUAACUACGAUCAAGUAACCUAAUUGUGAUGUACUUUAAAUUGUUGCUGACUAACUGUCAAUAUAUAUUUACCCCUUUCUCUACCUAAAUUUUGUUAGGUAAACAUUUCGUUGUCAUUUCCAGAUAUGUGGUCCAACAGUACUGCCCAGUCCAUUUUGAAAAGGAUAACAAUUCCUGCCUGUUUUAUAUUGAAUGUGAAGUGCCAUCAAACCAUAUAGUAUAUUCACCAGCUUUAUUGCUGGUCUAGAUGAUAAACCAUGAUGAUAUUGAGUUUGUAUAUCUAAUUCUUACAGUCUUUUUGAUGCAUGCAAAGACAUGAUUGUGUAUUAGAUUCCUGUAGGUACAACAAUGAAAGUUUACAUUGCUGCUUAAAGGUAUGCCUUAGGCAUACAGAUGCAAGAGUAGCACACACAAAUAGCACUUUGUAUGUGUAUUUUUUUCAUCUUUUUUGUUUGAAAUCAUGAAAAGGCAUUGCAUUUAAUUACUUGUCCAAGAAGGUCUAUGAUUUGAGUAGGAUCAAUGAGUGACCACAUUCUGAAACAUUGUACUUGAUAAUCUGCUAUACUGCAUUUCAUGCACAGACAUGUGCAACAUUCUUUGAUAUUGUUGUUUGUGAUAUGAGACGGUGACAUUUUACUUGGUUACCGAAGUUUUAUGCAUAUCAUAUUUAUACACUUUCAAAACAUCA